AUGCCCAUGACAUCAUUUUCGUCGAUCUCCCAUCAGCUGAAUGGGGUGCAGGAGCAUAGGCACAGUCCAUUGUUAAGUUCGCGGCCCGUUAGCUCUGGUGUGCGUAGCGGCUAUGAAGCAAUUUAUCCGAGCCCCUCCAAGCCACGGCGGGAGAGUGUGUUUUUUUUGGCCCAAACACCCAAGCCGAUAGACUUUCACUCAGCCGAGGCACAGGAGGCAAUGGAGGUUUUGCGGAGGCUUCUUUGCCCUGUGAUUAUGCGAAGAGUUUUGAGGAUAAGAAAAAGAAAGCGGUGGCCUGGGGAGAAUGCGAUGCGGGUGUAUACAACGAACUCCAUUCACCACGCCCUCCGUUCUUCUGAUUCAAUUAUAGCGGAUUGGCCGGAUGAAGUUUUUACGCUGAUUGCGGAAGAGGCAUUGUAUUUUUAUUUGGAACCGAAUGAAAUCAUUGUGUACACGAAUGAAAGUUACAUCUCUAGUGGGGUUGUAGUUCUUCUGUACGGUGAAGUGAAAGAACAAAAGGACCAUUUGGAUUCUUCAACCUCCUUGACUAGACCCCAAAUUUGCCGACAUGUAGCCCCAGCAGUAUUUUGCGAUCAGGCUGUUCUUUGUAGGGAUGUCUCAACUUCGCUCAUAGCAGCAAAUGGGUAUGCCGAUGUGGCUGUGUACCUGCUCGAUGUAAUUGUAGUACGUUUUACAGC